AAAAACAACCCACCUGGUGUUACUGGUGAAGUGCUAGACGAGACACUGGUUGAGGAACUGAGCGAGAUUUUGACUGCUGUACUUGUCGAUGGGCCAGCCGAGGUACUGACUGACGUACUAGGUAGAUCACUGGUUGAGUUACUAGGUGACAUGCUGACUGAGGUACUUGUAGACGGACCAACCGAGGUACUGACUGACGUACUAGGUGAAGCGCUAGUUGAGACACUGCUUGAGGUACUAGGUGACAUGCUGGCUGAUGUACUUGUAGACGGACCAACGGAGGUACUGACUGACUUACUAGGUGAGACACUGUUUGAGAUACUGGUUGAGGUACUAGGUGACAUACUGUCGGAUGUCGACGGACCAACUGAGGUACUGACUGACGUACUAGGUGAAGCGCUAGUUGAGACACUGGUUGAGGUACUAGGUGACAUGCUGGCUGAUGUACUUGUAGACGGACCAACGGAGGUACUGACUGACUUACUAGGUGAGACACUGUUUGAGAUACUGGUUGAGGUACUAGGUGACAUGCUGUCGAAUGUCGAUAGACCAACCGAGGUACUGACUGACGUACUAAGUGAGGCGCCAGUUGAGACACUAGUUGAGGUACUAGUUGGCAUGGUGACUGAUGUACUUGUGGAUGGACCAACCGAAGUACUGACUGACGUACUAGGUGAGGCGUUAGUUGAGACACUGGUUGAGGUACUGGGUGACAUUCUGACUGAUGUUCUUGCGGACGGACCAACCGAAGUACUGACUGACGCACUAGGUGAGGCGCUAGUUGAGACACUGGUUGAGGUACUAGGUGACAUGCUGACUGAUGUACUUGUGGACGGAACAACCGAGGUACUGACUGACGUACUAGGUGAGGCGCUGUUUGAGACACUGGUUGAGGUACUAAGUGACAUGCUGACUGAUGUCGACGGACCAACCGAGGUACUGACAGACGCACUGACGCUGUUUGAGACGCUGGGUGAGGUACUCGGUGACUUACUGUUUGAUGUACUUGUUGACGGACUAGCUGAGGCACUGACAGACGCACUAGGUGAGACACUGUUUGAGAGACUGCCCGAAACACUGGCAGAGACGCUGGCCGACGGUGAUUGUGUCUUUGUUGCACCUAACAAAAGUAAACAUUGCCUAUAUAGUGAGUUAUUAUUUGGCAACACCUACCCAAGGGAAACAGCGUUCAAGACCUAG